AAUAUUUAAACACAGGAAGUGAGCGGGCACCUUUGUAUUGCUUCAGACUAGAGAGAGAAGAAGAAGAAGAACGAGAGAUUCGCCAGAUCGGACGAAGUUAUCUUCAGCUUCUUUGACAGUUUCACCAGCGGCAUAUUAAGAAAUGGCAGAUGGUGAUGAUAUUCAGCCUCUUGUCUGUGAUAAUGGAACUGGAAUGGUGAAGGCUGGAUUUGCUGGAGAUGAUGCUCCGAGGGCUGUAUUUCCCAGCAUUGUUGGUCGACCUAGACACACUGGUGUAAUGGUAGGCAUGGGACAAAAAGAUGCAUAUGUUGGUGAUGAGGCUCAAUCGAAAAGGGGUAUUUUGACUUUGAAAUAUCCAAUUGAGCAUGGUAUUGUGAGCAAUUGGGAUGAUAUGGAAAAGAUUUGGCAUCACACUUUCUACAAUGAACUUCGUGUUGCACCUGAAGAACACCCCGUUCUUCUUACUGAAGCUCCUCUCAACCCUAAGGCUAAUCGUGAGAAGAUGACUCAAAUCAUGUUCGAGACCUUCAACACACCCGCCAUGUAUGUAGCCAUCCAGGCUGUGUUGUCCCUUUAUGCCAGUGGUCGUACAACUGGUAUUGUGCUGGAUUCCGGUGAUGGUGUGAGCCACACAGUUCCCAUAUACGAAGGUUACGCCCUUCCACACGCAAUCCUUCGUCUGGAUCUAGCAGGACGCGAUCUAACUGACGCCUUCAUGAAGAUACUAACCGAGCGUGGUUACUCCUUCACCACUACAGCAGAACGGGAAAUAGUAAGAGACAUGAAAGAAAAGUUGGCCUACAUAGCUAUAGACUACGAGCAAGAACUGGAAACCUCCAAGACAAGUUCAUCCGUGGAGAAGACUUACGAGCUGCCCGACGGACAGGUGAUCACUAUCGGGGCAGAGAGAUUCCGUUGCCCUGAAGUUCUCUUCCAACCUUCCAUGAUAGGAAUGGAAGCUGCUGGUAUACAUGAGACAACUUAUAACUCCAUAAUGAAGUGUGAUGUGGAUAUCAGGAAGGAUUUAUAUGGAAACAUUGUUCUGAGUGGUGGUUCGACUAUGUUUCCUGGUAUCGCCGAUAGGAUGAGCAAAGAGAUAACCGCUUUAGCUCCGAGCAGUAUGAAGAUUAAGGUGGUUGCACCACCGGAAAGGAAAUACAGUGUCUGGAUUGGUGGUUCUAUUUUGGCAUCAUUGAGCACAUUCCAACAGAUGUGGAUUGCAAAGGCGGAGUACGAUGAAUCUGGCCCGUCGAUUGUCCACAGGAAGUGUUUCUAGUUGAAAGAACUUGGAAGAUGAAGAAGAACAAAAAAAAAGGUUGUAUUAUAGUUGAAUUUAUUUAAUUUCAAACAAAAAAAAGUCUGAAUUUCCUCACAUUUGAGGAAAAGAAACUGGUGUUUGCUUCUCAUUUUUCUGCAUAUUUUCAUUUGUUGUCUUUCUUUCUUCUCUAAAAAUAUUGAUUUAUUUUGUAUUCUGUAACAACAGAGUUUUUGUUUUGCUAUUCUUAAUAUGGUUUGGAGUUUGAAUUUUUAAGCAUAUCUUCUUGAGAUGCAAGAAACCUUUUGUAAA